AUGCCCAACGACGACGCAUACAGCAAGACUUCGCCACCGUCGGAGGCCCCGCACGCCCCUGGGGCACCACCGCAGGGCAAGGCCGGGGCGCUGCUCGGGACCACGGGCGGCGCGGGCGCCGGGGGCAGCGGCGGCUGCGGCGGCUCAGAUUCGGGGGCGUCGGACAUGGGCGCCUACGCGAGCAAGAAGUCCCCGCGGCUGCCCAAGUGCGCGCGGUGCAGGAACCACGGCUACGCGUCGCCGCUCAAGGGCCACAAACGCUUCUGCAUGUGGCGGGACUGCCAGUGCAAGAAAUGCAACCUGAUCGCAGAGAGACAGCGCGUGAUGGCCGCGCAGGUGGCCCUGAGACGGCAGCAGGCCCAGGAGGAGGAAUUGGGCAUCAGCCACCCCAUCGCCCUGCCCAGCACGGCCGAGCUGCUCGUCAAGAGAGAGAACGACAACAGCACCCCAUGCCUGAUGACUGAGAGCAGCAGCUCCUCGCAGCCCCUGCCGGCCAGCACCCCGUCCACGUCCACGGCAGCAUCAGAGGGCCGGGUGGUCAUCCAGGAUAUUCCUCCUGUCACCAGCAGAGGGCACGUGGAGAACACACCUGACCUCGUCUCCGACUCCACCUACUACAGCAGCUUUUACCAGCCGUCUCUGUUCCCGUACUACAACAAUCUGUACAACUACCCGCAGUACUCCAUGGGCUUAGCCGCUGACUCCCCCUCCGGGGACAUGGGAAGCCCUCUCGGGGGCUCCCCUGUGAAGAACAGCCUUCGGAGCCUCCCAGCCCCUUAUGUGCCCGGUCAGACAGGAAACCAGUGGCAGGUGAAAAACUCGGAGAGCCGCCACGCAGUGAGUUCCCAGUACAGGAUGCAUUCUUACUACCCGCCUCCCUCCUACCUGGGCCAGAGCAUGUCCCAGCUUUUCACCUAUGAGGACGGCCCCUGUUACCCGGAAGCCAAAGCGAGUGUAUUCUCGCCACCCAGCAGUCAAGAUUCUGGCUUGGUUUCCCUCUCCAGCAGCUCUCCUAUUAGUAAUGAGAGCUCAAAGGGAGUGCUCGAAUGUGAGUCCGCCUCGGAGCCCAGAAGCUUUACGGUCACUCCCAUCAUCGAGGACCACGAAUAAUCGGGCACCCCGAUGCCUUUGGCCAUUCACCUGGAGUGGCAGGUUUAUUCCGUUUAUACACAGGGUUUGUUGUUAAUAUUUUGCCUUGACUCACGCCGACUUAACUGUUGAGAAGAUGUUUGGUUUAUACUCCUUAGAGCUUAGCCCAGAGGCUAGAACACAUUUGGAAUAGUUUAGUAUCUGUGUCUACCGUCUGCAACAAUUAAGUGCUUUGCUCACGGAGUUAAAUAUUAAAUAGUAGUGUCCCUCAUUUUUUUAUGACACUGGUUUACAUGUAGUUCUCAAGAAAUACAAUAAUUCACUCAAGUAAAGCAGUACAUUUGCAUCUAAAUGUGUCAAUUACUUUCAGUUUUAAAAUGAAAUCUUAGGUGCCUUCGGUAGUUUUUUGAAUUUUAGUAUUUUAAUACAAGUGCUAAACUAUAAAUUUAGCCAAGUUCCUGACUGGUGAGAAGAAAAGAAGAGAGUUACAUUAUUUUAGAAAUUUGCAGAAGGUUAAAUAGAAAUAGUGUGUGUGUUUGUGUUAGCUAUUAGGAAAGCCUAGCCCCGGACCCCAUCCCCUCAGAUCCAAAGUGUGACGGAAAUAGAAGAAAAAAUUAAUGACUUUAAGAAUUGCUACCUUUUCUAAAGGGUAGUUUGAAAACAAUACAAUUUAAAGUAACCCUAGUAAGGCAGAGUUCCUGAGUGUUGUUUCUAGAAAAAUAUAAGAGUUCAUGAUGCACAUUCUACUAUUUUAAAAAAUGGAUGCAAUCUAGAUUAUUUUGUAACCUUAGAUUGUAAUCUGAUUUGAAGAUAAGUACAUCUUUAAAAGUUACUAUAGAUUUCUGAGUUCAUUUUUUGUUAAAAAUUGCUAGUGGUGUACUCCUUAUGUAACAGAAGCCAUCCUGAAAUGAAACUAGUCUAAAAAAAAUUCAUUGUUCUGUGUAGUUGCGGCUGUACCUGAAAUAAAAAUGUUAUUGAUGACUGAA